UGGUGGAAUUUUGUGGACAAGUUUUCGUUGCAACAGCAGCCGAAAUGCCGAAGUCGACGUCAGAGCCAGCAAACCGACCAACGCAGAACAGGCAAAAGUGUUUCCUCUGCAAGAACAGCCGGUACAAGGAUAAGAAUUGCCGGUUUUUCCGGUUUCCGGCACGAGGCACCCCGAUGUGGAAUCGCUGGCUCGAGGCACUCGGGCUAACGGAUGAGGACAUCGGAACUCGCUCGAAUGCAUCCAUUAAGCUCUGUCAGCUACACUUUCAGCCGAAAGAUUUCCUAACCCGCCAGCUGUCCGCAAUGGCGAUUCCGGUUCCCUUGGUGGAAUGUGUUCAACCGAACGUGGUCAACGAUGGGGCUGCACCGGAGACGCUCUUUGGAUCUUCCUUCGAGUACAUAUUGGAUGAACCGACGGACGAGGAUAGCAACAGGGAUACAUUUGAGGACCUUCAAGAAGCGCAAAUAGAUGACCAGGGGAGCACAGUUGAGCCGGAACCGGAACCGGCUCGUGAUUCAUGCCCAAUCCAAUUCGACGAGCUGAUUGUUGAUAAGGCACCGGAGUCACCGAAACAUAGCCGUUGCGAUGUGCCACAGCAUAGAAACCUGGAGGAACAGCUCCGGCAGGCUCGGGCACUGGUUUUGCAGUUGCAGAGGAAAAACGAUUACCAAAGGCUCCUUAUCCAGGAGCAAAAGACCGUAUUAUCCAGUCUGGGUGUGCAGUGUGUCAUCAAAGACGAAUCGUACGGCGAAUCACCGGAAUGAG